UCUGGCACCUCCCAGUGGGCGUGGCCUGUCAGCUCCACUUACUCGUCAGUCACUUGAAAACCACAUCAGUUGAGCUGAGGUUCAGUUCCUGCUGCUGCUGUGACUGUGCUGUGCUGAGGUAGAAAUGAAGCGCGCCCUGGGGAUCUGUCUGGUGAUCUGCUCUGCUCUGGUUGGACUGGGAUCAGCCAUUCGGUGUUACAGCUGUAAGGAUUAUACAGCCAGCUGCUCCAAACAACGAGACUGUAGCUAUGACGAUGCCUGUCUCACGGUCAACGAGAGGGGUGGGAUGACGUACCGUCAGUGUCUGAAGUAUUCCGACUGUGAGUACAGCCGUUUGGCCCAGAUGUUCCCCCAGGUGUCCAGUUUCACCUUCAAGUGCUGCAACUCCGACCUGUGUAACUCCGCCCCCUCCUCUGCGGCAAGCUCUCUAAUUGGUCUGCUGGCCUCUAUGAUGAUCAUGUGGUGGUGCAUCCACUGAAGAAUGAACAGCGCCCACCAGUGUCUGAACACAUGGCAAACCUAACAACAGCUGCUUCUCUAACUGACUCAUCAUCACACGUCACAUGUUCACUCUGUCACACGACGUUCACUCUGUCUCUGUCACCUGAAAUAGUCUUUUACAAACUUAAACACUGUCUGUAAAUGACCUUUGAUUAAAUAAAGUUUUACAAACCUGA